AUGACAGAGGUGUGCAUAGAAAAUCCUGAGAGAAUUGAGGUGCAGGUGGAUGCUGAGAAAUACUCGGAAAGCCUACCAUUAGAAAACUUCAUAAAACCAGGCCAAAAAAGCCGGUCUGCCUUGAUUAUACUGAAUCAAAAGAUAACAAUGACUAGCUUAUUUCGCCCAAUAUGGAAUUCUUAUCAGGUCAAGGUAUGUGCUGAUGGUGGAGCCAACCGUUUAUUUGAGUUUUUUGAAGAUAAUGAAAUUGAAAGAGAAAGCUAUUUACCAGAUUAUAUUAUUGGCGACUUGGAUUCCUUGAAAGAUGAAGUACAUCAAUAUUACAACUCCAAAGGUGUUAUAAUUAUCAAACAGACUACUCAAUACUCCACUGACUUUACCAAGACUGUUAAUUUACUUUCGUUGCAUUUCCAUCAUAAGAAAUUCAAUGAAAUAAUUGCCAAGAGUAAAAAGACUAACCAUGGGAUUGAGCUUGAAUCUGGAAUUCAUGAUUUAUACCAUGAAAUGAUAAGUAUGAACAGCAACAAAAUAUAUAGUACCAUUAACUUACUCGCGUUAGGCGGUAUUGGUGGGAGAUUCGACCAAUCUAUACACUCUAUGACACAAUUCUACAAUCUAUCCAGAACGGAUCCAUAUUAUAAACUAGCAUAUUUGACUGAUACUGAUUUGAUAAUUUUUAUACCUGCAGGUGGUAUUCUAGUCACAUAUUCACCAACAUUUAGAGAUUCGUGUAUAGGGAAUUGUGGAUUGUUGCCAGUGGGAAAGGCUACAUCGUUAAUUGAAACUAAAGGAUUCAAAUGGGACGUAGAAAAUUGGGAGACAUCCAUUGAAUCAGGAAGGGUCAGUAGUAGUAAUAGAUUUACUGGUAUUGAUAAAUGUUAUAUUAAUGCUAAGGAUGGAAUCGUUCUGAACAUUGAAAUAUUUAAAAAAAACUAA